CGACAGUCAACGUGCUCGCUACAACGACACGCACGAUUUCCUCAACCGCUCCACCAAACACCUCCAAAACACGCGUUUCUCGUAACAACUUCAAUUCCUGACGUUUGCGCAAUUGUUCGCCAGUAGACCUGACACAUUAAGUUCCCAGUGGUGUCUGUUGAUUGCCUUCACAACCCAGUUUUGCAGUACACAUCUCGUACACGGCUUGCAGCGCCUGUCGAAUUUCACGUUACGUUCCAGUAUUUGCCAACAGCAAUCGCCUUCUAGUCCUCACAUUAGGUCUGCCGUUCUGAAUCACACUCCGAAACGUCUCAAACCACGAACAGCAUUACAACAGAGGGAUACAACGUCGGAUGAGCUUUAAGGGCGGUGGAAGUGGUGGAGCUGCCGAUUAAAGGGAGGGGAAUCAGCUGGCAGGAGAGCAGCGGCGAUACGGGGGCUCUUGUUGGUUGAGCGUCCCCACCAAGGGAUGAUAGCCUGGAAGGAAUGGACCCGGAGAGUGUAGUGUUCCAGCCCCGCGACGACUUCUGGCAGUUUCAAGGCGAGAUGCUGCGGGUGCAACAAGCCCAGGCCGAGCUGACAGACCGCGUCGCCCGCUUAGAACGCAAGCAAGAUGACGAUUCUCGUUUGAAGAACGUUUGGGGAACGUCCUCGCCAUUUCCUUCCGUACUUGGUGGCACCCCGCAGCAAGUUCCUUUACAGCAACCUACAGCCGAGCAUUUCUCCAAUUUCGACGAUGACCAGUCCAGUAACCUCAUCGGCAACCUCCAGCUCGACGCCGACGAUGAGCCUCGACGAGUAGGGACAACAUCUCGUGCCAACAGCGUUCGAUUUGACGAGACAGCGAACCACGGGCACUGGGCUCAUGCGUCAAGAACUUCGCUGGAGCUCUUACCCCGCUCUAGCAGUAGUCUCGGCGGGCAUGCCUUGAGUGAACGCAGCUACUCACACAAGUCGGAUGGCAGACAGAGCUCAGCGGGCCAAUCUGUUCACUCGGUUACAUCAGGACGAGCUAAUAGCCUCACAAGUUACGGUCCGGCAACACCAGUGGAGAUCCCAGGUCUGGCACCCGGUCUCUUCAUACUCGGCUCUGUACCUUCCAUUAUACGUUGCUGGCUCGACACUAACUUCAGACACGAUACCCUGUUGUAUGCUGCUAUUUGUAGUGGCUCGCAUACAUCUUAUCUAGAUUUGCAUCUCAUCAAUCACCUCGAGUUCCAGGACCAGAUCACUCGAAGCGACGAUGGCACGAGGAAGAUCAAACUGACAGUAUAUCUUCCUGAAGCUGUUCCCAUCUUGACUUCAACUCAGUCUGAAAGCCCUGCUCCUCAGCUUCCUUCGAUUACUGUUGAAUUUACCGUGGUCGAUGAAUACGAUGAGGCUACGCCAAAGGCUGUUCAGAUUGUCAUUGGGAGCGACCUGCUUCGAGCACACAAUGCCGACGUGCUCUUCUCCACCAACCAAUUGAUCAUGUACGAUGACGACCGUAGCAAGCUCCAGGUCCCACUCGUGCGACCAGAGGACGAAAGCGCUUUCAAGUCUCUGUCGACUUCGCAUGGAAUCCGUCACACCGUCGAACCAGGUUCGGCAUCAAAGACUGCAGCGAUGAGUACACCGAUACCAGUCGAACCCAAGGUGAAGUUUCUUGACUUGACCGAGACAGGAAAUGUAGUUGCGCAUAGUGCUGCAGAGGCUGGUACCGCGGAUGGUUCUGAUGAUGGCGGUUCGAGCGGCCGGAGGAGCCUCGACCAGCGGCUCCACCCCGUUUCGACAACUUUCAGUCGGUCUGAGUCCAAGGAUGCGCCUCUUCCAAGUCCUGUCACAGCGGCACCACGCCCUGGGCCUCCACCUGCUACGCUCAGCAGCUGGCGGCGUGAUACAAACGAGAAGACAAACAGCGGCUCGCUGGACUGGGCAAACGUGGGUAGAACCACUGCGGCUCCGUCCGGCCAGCCGCGUCGUGAGAUCAAGGUAUUGCGGCCGUCAAGGUCGUCAUCACGAACGUUCUCUUCAUCGACUACUGCAGCUGGCACUGGACAGUCGCGCUAUUUCGACGACGGCAAAAGGAAGGAUGAUGAAGCAGUAACAGGCGCACCUGCACCGUCUCUCAGCCGGGCAAUGUCAGGCGAGAAGGAAGAGAACCAGCACUCCGGCACGAAGCGCCCUGCCAAUCCCGUGGGUGGUGCUUCUGCUUUCGCUUGGCUCAAGGGUGGAUCGAGGUGUCAAACGGCCAAGCACUGGUCAUCGACACGGUGUCUGGCCGGGCACAGGCCUGCGAUUUCUUCAAACCACACCGCCCCUGCACGCUCUGCCCCGCCGAUUACGCUUACCCGACACAUACACCGCCUCCUGCCUCACUUUCCGCGCGAGCAGCUCGCCCACCACUGGCGCCGGCACGCGUUCCCCCAGCACCGGCCAUUCUUCGCCCGCCUUGUCUGUCUUGGAGCUGUCGAGGCUCCGGGCAGGCCUCAGAGCUUCACAACGGCCUCCACCAAGAAACGGAAGACGGUGACCGCCGCGCAAACCAGCAGCUCACAGUCCGGGCUGCGCAAAUCCUCGCCGUCCUCGAAUGAGGGCUCGCCCGCCGCUUCGCUUCGCUCGUCCCCGCAUCCAUCGACAUCACCGCCGCCGCGCUUUCUGCCGCCCCACAUGAAGGAAGCAGUCAAGGAGGCUUCGCAGGAGAACAGCAGCACGCCCGGCGUGCGCGGAGAGAGCAUAGCCACUGGCGCGAGUUCGCCGAGUGAGGCUUACGCCAACCUCUCGCUUGAGAGCGCCGACGGCUCCAUGACCGACUCCUCGGAGCGCACGCGCGUGCCUUCGUCCGACAACGGCCAGCGCCCUGCCCACCGCGCUUCUUCGCCCGCCAAACGCCUGCACUCGGACAUGGACGACGCCAGCAGUAUGGAUGUCGACUCGCCCGCUGCCGCCAACCCUCGCCGUGGUAGCAACCAGUCGAGCCCGCGGCCCACGAAGCCGCUCCCCGCUGCCACUGCCCUGCAGCGCAGCGCCCGCGCAACCUCGGUGGAGAUGGCAGACGCGUCCAGCGACAGUGACCGCCCGGAGUCUGCGUCGCCGGCAGACUUGCCCAGCCUGGACGACCAGGUUGCGGCCGUCAUGAACAUGAUGAGCGGCGAGCUCCAGGAGGGGCAAGAGGGCUACGUUGUAUCUGAAGCCUGGCUGGAGCGAGUGUUUGCUCGGACAUCGGAGGGAAAGAACAACCCGAAGGAGUACAGCAAAGAGGCUACCGAAGGCCCAAUCGGACCCGUAGACAACUCGAGACUCGUCGACAUCGAGGCUUUGAAUGCUGGCUUGGUCGACCAGAGCGGUGCGGAUUUCGUACCUUUGAGUAAAGGGUUGAUGCUGCACCAGAAUCUCGAGGUGCUGCCUGCGAAAGCCUGGGAGCUCGUGGUUCGCUGGUACGGUCUCAAGGAUGGUAGCCCUGUUAUUCGGCGUUAUGUGCAGAACACCGUGCCCGAUAAGAGCAGCACCAACCUGCUGUGGGAGCUCUACCCGCCUAUUCUUACUAUCCGCAAAGUUCGCAAGGCUGCAGCGACGCCAACAGAAGAAGCAAAGUCUGCGCAACGCAUCGUCGCUAGCAGGAGCGACAACUUCCAGAAGUUUCUUGGCGUUGCGAAGAGGGCUGCUGGUAUCGAUGUCAGUAACAAGAUGCGCGUCUGGAGGCUACUCAAUACAGCUCCCUCCGAUGAACCCCAGCCGAAGACACAGCUGCAACCAUCUGGCAUGUUGACACCCGACGCCUCACCGCGCGGCGGCUCUCCUGCUGCCGGCGAAGAGACCUUGCGCUUACCUCUGAUCAUGGAUACCGCGAGCUUCACCAGGCUAGCAGUUGGCACCGAGCGCGAGCAAGUAACAGGGAAAGACGACAAGGCCAAUGAGGACUCAAAUCCUUCAUUGUCUCUUGACGCUGCCGGCCUCACACAGGAUCAGGUCAUCGUUCUUGAAGAGGCCGACGAGAAAGGUGACUUCAUCACGGAUACGACCACAGUGUCAACGAAGUACAAGACCGCAGCACAGCUCAGGGAAGGCUUGAAGAGUGGCAACACUAGUGGCAGGAGUACGCCCACUGGCGGCCCACUCACACGAGGCAGAACGCGCAGCGGUAAGGUCCGCGGGCAGACUGGGUUGACAAAUUUGGGCAACACUUGCUACAUGAAUUCGGCGCUCCAGUGCUUACGCAGCGUGGAAGAGCUGAGCUUAUAUUUCCUCAACGACCAGUGGGAAAGGGAGGUGAAUAAGGUCAACCCCAUUGGCUACAAGGGACAGAUCGCGAGCGUGUAUGCGAAUCUGGUCAACAGUAUCUACAGUGUCAACGGCUCUUCGUCGUUCUCGCCCAAGCAGUUCAAACAGACCCUCGGUAGAGCCAACAGUCUGUUUAGCGGCUACGGGCAGCAAGAUUCGCAGGAGUUCCUGAGUUGGCUCAUUGAUGCGCUUCAUGAGGAUCUCAACCGCAUCAUCACCAAACCUUACAAGGAGAACCCUGAUUCAGAUGAUAACACAUUCCGUGAUCCGGAGGCGAUGAAGCAGUUGGGCGAGGUAUAUCGAGCGAACUACCGCGCACGCAACGACUCUGUCUCAACAGAUCUUUUCAAUGGGUUUUACAAGAACACUAUGGUGUGUCCUGAAUGCGAUAAGGUCAGCAUCACAUUCGAUCCGUACAGUCAAUUGACCUUGCAAUUACCUAUCGAGCAAUCCUGGUCACACACGAUCACCUACGUGCCUCUAUACGGCAAACUUCAGCAACUCGAUGUUGAUAUCGAUAAGAACGCCACCAUCAAAACGUUGAAGGAGUAUGUUGGCAAGCGAUUUGGCGGUGUAAAGGCCAAUCGACUUAUGGCUUCCGAGGUCUAUAGUCACAAGUUCUAUCGUCAUUUCGACGAUAAUGCUACGAUCUCUGAAUGCCAAAUCACGACCCGCGACGACGUUUACUUUUACGAACUCGAGCAUGCUCCGAGCAACUGGCCGGCCCCUAAGAAAAAGGCCAAAUACAAGUCGUUCAUGUCGCACUCUUCUGACGAAGACAUUCCCAAUUCGGCAUCUCCGCUUCACGACAAGGUGCUGGUUCCCGUCUUCCAGAGAGGGCCAAGUGCGUCAUCGUACAGGGGUUCAUCGUACGCAAUGGCACUGUGGCCUUUCCAUAUUGUUGUAACUCGUGAGGAGGCGAAGGACUACGACGCUAUUCUACGCAAAGUGCUUGCAAAGGUUGCACAGUCUACUAGCCGUCCUAUCCUUACAGAACUCGGUGGCAACUCUUCUGACCAGUCUCGUCCAGGGUCGGAUGUUGUUCUGACGACUGAAGAGGAUGCAUUACCUAACAGCGAUCCACGUGUCAAAGAUGGCUCUAUCGAGGGCGAGGACAUGGUCGAAGUAACAAUGACGGAUGCGGAGGUACCUGUUGCUGGCACCGCAGGCCACGCUGAACUUCCAGAGGUUCUUAAAGAUGGUGCCUUCAUCAAUCCAGAGUUCAGGCACCUGUUUGAGAUUAAGUACAGCCGUAAGGGUAACGAGUUUGUGCCGACCGGCUGGAACUCGAUUGAUCAUCAAAAGGCGCUAGACCCUAUCUCGAAGCGAAUCCCAGUACCUUCGGAGCGGGCAGACUCCGAACAAUCCUCCCGCGCAGGCAGCGAGUCAUCGAGCGAGGAAGACGCCAACUCGCCUCAUUCGGCGGCUGACGCUGACACUGAGGCCGCUAUCGAGGAAGCGAACGUCAGCAGCGACGAUGAGAUGCCGUCCAUCGAGCUUGUCGAACCUUCUGAGCCUUUGAAGGGCGGUCGCCAGAAAAAGAAGAGUAAGAAGGCCAGAAAACACGAGCGCAAGCUGGAACGUAAACAAAUGAACAACAAGAAUUGGAAGGCGAAGAAAACUAGGGUACCGGAACAGCCAGUUUUCGCAGACGACCGCAACGACGAGAACGAGGGUCUGAUUCGUCUCGGGGAAGCUAUUGUGCUGGACUGGAACCCAGAAGCCUUCGAUGCGCUUUUCGGCGGCCUGAAUGCAGAUGAUUCUCGUGGUAUGGAUGUGCUGAAGACCAUCGAGACAUUUGACGACCCUGAGAUCCGGGAGAAGAAGGCCAAGCGCAUUGCUCGUAAGAAGAGCGGGAUCACGCUGGAUGAGUGCUUGACGGAGACCUCGAAGAGCGAGACGCUGUCCGAAGACAACCCGUGGUACUGCAGCAACUGCAAGGAAAUGCGUCGUGCGACCAAGACUCUCGACAUCUGGACAGUACCCGACAUUCUCAUCUUCCAUCUGAAGCGGUUCAGUGGGUUCCGGUCGUUCCGGGACAAGAUUGACGACAAAGUCGACUUUCCAGUCGAGGGCCUCGAUCUCACUGGUAAGGUUGGUUUCCCCGAGGGCAAGGGCCUGGUGUACGAUCUUUUCGCGGUUGACAAUCACUUCGGUGGACUUGGAGGGGGUCACUAUACAGCCACUGCUCAAAACUUCUUCGACAAGCAGUGGUACAACUAUAAUGCAGACUCUUCAGUAUCGCUCUCGUCAGGCCGGGAAGCUGUGACCAAGGCUGCUUACUUGCUUUUCUAUCGUCGACGUUCUAGCAGCCCUUUAGGACCAGAGUCCCUUCAGAACAUCGUUCAAAAGGAUAUCGAGGGCGGCUCUGAUGAAGACUCUGAUACCGAGAACCGAUCGCGCUCACCGGCGGGAAACGGCUCGCGCCUCGGCGGUUCGUCCCGCAAUGGGUCGUCGAGAGUUGGCGCAGCAGGAGCGGGAGCCGUAGUCCUGCGCGGGGAUGGCUCAGCCCUUUCGGCAGCCGCAACCCCUCAAGGGAGCCUAGCAAAGAGCGGAGCAGAUCUCGGGAUUCUCGACGGUCAUAGUCCGCCCGAUUACUACGACGACGAAACAUUAGGCGAUGACGAGGGCUUCAGUGGUAUCGAUACUGAGGGAGGGAUGAGCGGUCCGCACGCCCCUGCUUACAUAGACGAACCGCAGUGGAGCUUCGACACCCUCAACACCCGCAGGAAUGACUCAGACGAUGCCUCGUCCAACGCACCCGCCUUGGGCUCGGACAGUGGCGAGUACCUGGCAGAGCGCAUGUUAGAGGACUUUGGCGAUGAUGAUACUACAUACCCCGGCACAUCAACGCCUUUGCACACCUUUGAACCCGUGUCCGGGGUUGAUGACGACGAUGUCAAGGAGAUCUAUAUUCCGAGCGUCUAG